AUGGGUUCCUUUGCUCCUCCAGCUCAUUUUUAUCAAGUACAAACAUCAAGUUAUAUUACGUCUAUGGAUAUUUCAAGUUCUGGUCAAACAUUAGUAUUUGGUGAUGGAAACAGUUUUGUGCAUCAAUAUGCUGAUCGUGAAAAUUAUAUGACAAAUCCUUAUUCUUUACCAGUGACAACUCCUGAUACUACUCCUCCUCCAAAUGUUAUAGUGAAUAAUGAUACACCUUUGUCAGCUAUUGGUAUGCCAUAUUAUUCUGAACCUUUACUAUCGGCUUGGACAUCUGGAGCUGUAUAUGAUGUAGGAUAUCCAACACCACCAAUCGAUGAUGAAAUAUUGAAAGGCAUCAAAACAAUUGACUUUGUGGGAUAUGCACCUAAUCCUGGUAAUAUACAUCGAAAUCAAGUUCCUCGCAGGAAAAAACAAACUCUCAAGAAAGAUAUUCCAAAAUUCAGAUCUGAACAAGAACGAGAACUUUUAUCAGCAACUGCUAUAUUGGAUGAAACGAGUGAUCUUAUGCAUUCUGGUCGGCGAUCUUCUUCUGUAGGUGAUAUAUUAUUAGAUCCUCAAGGUUUAGUGAUGCCAAAACAUUAUCAUCAUGUUGAAAUUCAGUACAGUAAAUUCGGUGUGGAUGACUUUGACUUUGGAUACUACAACCGAACAAUCUAUGGUGGACUGGAAACCAACAUUCGAAAUUCUUAUUGCAAUUCAUUAUUACAAGUACUUUACUUUAUUUUACCACUACGUCAAAUUGCUAAAUGUCAUAUUGGUGCCUCAUGCGAAAAGGAAAAUUGUUUGCUAUGUGAACUUGGAUUUUUAUUCCGUAUGCUUGAAGAUUCGAAAGGUCAAAAUUGUCAAGCAACCAACUUUUUAAAAGCAUUCAGUACGAUCCCACAAGCUGCUGCUCUUGGACUUUUCGAACCGGAAUCGCCAACACGCAAUGUAUCUUAUUCUAUGUUAAUGCAAAACUUUGUACGAUUUAUCUUGGAACAACUACAUCAGGAAGCAAAUACCCCAUCCAAUAAUCCAUUGAUCUUGAAAACGUUGACCAAAUCUGCAACAUCAGAAGAAGAAACAACAAAGGAAGAAAAAGGAUCCACUCAAUCGAUGAUAACGACAAAAGCACUGGAUGAAUCAACACGAUCAUCGAAAUCUAAAGCGGAAAUACCCUCAACGAUGCAACAAUUAUUUGGUUUACAAACAUUGACUCAAAGCAAAUGUGGAAGCUGCAAUAAUGAAAUGUCUCGCAUCACCUAUCCAUUUGUUGUGGAUUUACUGUACCCGAAAAAGUCAUCUACAACAAAGAAAACGAUUCAAGGACUUCCAAGUGUUCUUUUAAUAAAUUCUGGUGCAUCUACAAGUGAAGAAGCUUCCAUCUGGCGUCAAAACGGUCCUAGUAGUCCUAAAGGACGUACUGAUUCUCCUACUCAAGAUAAUGACUCCCCUUCUGAUAAUUCAUCUAGCUCAUGGUUACCAGAAAGAUUUGGUAUUCGUAUCAAUGGAUCAGAAUUGACCAUCAAAGCUCUACCUCAAGGAAAAGAUGUCCCAACGGAAUUCAUUGGAUCACCCGACACUUGCGCUAUUUAUGAACUAUCGUCAACUAUACUCCAAGUACAAGCUGAAGAAGAAGUAUCUCAUCUUGUGGCACAGAUCAAAAUAACAGGACUCGAAGAAGAAGAGAAAGCAAAAUCUCCAUGGUAUGUCUUUAAUGACUUUUUAGUGAAACGGAUACGACCAGAAGAAAUCACUUCAUUUAAAGGAACUUGGAAGACACCAGCAGUGAUACAAUAUACAAGAGUGGAUAUCGAUAAUUUAUUGGAUCUCAGUACAGUACCAAGUGAAAUUGAUUACUCAUUACUCUUCAAGAAAAUGUCAAUCUCAGAAAAUACAUCCGAAACCUUAAGUUAUGAAAUAUUGACCAAAGACGAAAUGCCUACUCCUGGUACACUAAUUGCUAUAGAUUCUGAAUUUGUGGCCUUACGACAAGAAGAAACAGAAAUUCGUAGUGAUGGUACCAAAUCAUUGAUUCGACCAAGUACAUUAUCUUUAGCUCGACUUAGUGUGACACGUGGCGAAGAUGGCGAGAAAGAAGGUGUUCCUUUUAUAGAUGAUUAUAUUGUAACAAGUGAACCUGUUGUGGAUUAUUUAACUGAGUUUAGUGGUAUCGAAGCUGCUGACUUGGAUCCAACAAGAAGUAAACGAACAUUGGUACCUUUAAAAGUUGCUUACAAGAAGAUUCGUUUAUUGGUUGAUCUUGGAUGUGUAUUUAUUGGACAUGGUCUCAAGAAGGAUUUUAGAAUUAUCAAUAUUCUUGUGCCUCCCGAACAAAUUGUUGAUACUGUUGAUAUUUACCAUAUUAGGAACCGACACAGGAAAAUAUCAUUAAGGUUUUUGGCAUGGCAUUUGUUAGAUCAAGAAAUCCAAUCGGAAGGACAUGACAGUAUUGUUGAUGCCAAAACGGCGCUGGUGUUGUACAAAAAAUACUUAGAAUAUAGGGACAAGGGUACAUUUGGUCAAGUGUUAGAAGGUAUCUAUGCCGCCGGACAUAAAUCGAACUGGUUGAAAGGACCUAAAGACACACCAUCAUCAUCAUCUACUGUUCCAAGUACACCUCAGAUUGAACAACAUACUUACUUCUCUCCUGGAUGGUCACUAUAG